AUGUACCUCAUCCUACCAGGCUCCUCCACUUGUACCAUCACGACCAUACCAGCCUUUACCAUCACGACCAUACCAGCCUUUACCAUCACGACCAUACCAGCCUUUACCAUCACGACCAUACCAGCCUUUACCAUCACGACCAUACCAGCCUUUACCAUCACGACCAUACCAGCCUUUACCAUCACGACCAUACCAGCCUUUACCAUCACGACCAUACCAGCCUUUACCAUCACGACCAUACCAGCCUUUACCAUCACGACCAUACCAGCCUUUACCAUCACGACCAUACCAGCCUUUACCAUCACGACCAUACCAGCCUUUACCAUCACGACCAUACCAGCCUUUACCAUCACGACCAUACCAGCCUUUACCAUCACGACCAUACCAGCCUUUACCAUCACGACCAUACCAGCAUUUACCAUCACGACCAUACCAGCCUUUACCAUCACGACCAUACCAGCCUUUACCAUCACGACCAUACCAGCCUUUACCAUCACGACCAUACCAGCCUCUACCAUCACGACCAUACCAGCCUUUACCAUCACGACCAUACCAGCCUUUACCAUCACGACCAUACCAGCCUUUACCAUCACGACCAUACCAGCCUUUACCAUCACGACCAUACCAGCCUUUACCAUCACGACCAUACCAGCCUUUACCAUCACGACCAUACCAGCCUUUACCAUCACGACCAUACCAGCCUUUACCAUCACGACAAUACCAGCCUUUACCAUCACGACCAUACCAGCCUUUACCAUCACGACCAUACCAGCCUCUACCAUCACGACCAUACCAGCCUUUACCAUCACGACCAUACCAGCCUCUACCAUCACGACCAUACCAGCCUCUACCAUCACGACCAUACCAGCCUUUACCAUCACGACCAUACCAGCCUUUACCAUCACGACCAUACCAGCCUCUACCAUCACGACCAUACCAGCCUCUACCAUCACGACCAUACCAGCAUUUACCAUCACGACCAUACCAGCAUUUACCAUCACGACCAUACCAGCCUUUACCAUCACGACCAUACCAGCCUUUACCAUCACGACCAUACCAGCCUCUACCAUCACGACCAUACCAGCCUUUACCAUCACGACCAUACCAGCCUUUACCAUCACGACCAUACCAGCCUUUACCAUCACGACCAUACCAGCCUCUACCAUCACGACCAUACCAGCAUUUACCAUCACGACCAUACCAGCAUUUACCAUCACGACCAUACCAGCCUUUACCAUCACGACCAUACCAGCAUUUACCAUCACGACCAUACCAGCCUUUACCAUCACGACCAUACCAGCCUUUACCAUCACGACCAUACCAGCCUUUACCAUCACGACCAUACCAGCCUCUACCAUCACGACCAUACCAGCCUCUACCAUCACGACCAUACCAGCCUUUACCAUCAAGACCAUACCAGCCUUUACAUAA